GACGGAAACGCCUUUGCACGUCAGGCUUCUGUUAGCAAGUUUAAGGAAGUGUUCAGUCCGGCGAACCAGCCUCCCGAAGAUAAAGAAUACCGGAAUAAAACCCGAAACAAGAUUAAGAGAAAGUAUGGAACCGAGUAAAGCACUCCAGACGGAAGACAGUGAUGCUCGUGGACCAGAAGAGAAGGCCAGAAGGACGGCAGCAGCAGCAGCAGUUGCGGCCAAGGCGGCUCCCCGCCUGCCUGACAUCCGCCUGGUGGUGCUGGGCUGGAGGUGGCCCGGGAAGAGCCUGACCGGAAACACCAUCAUCGGCCGGGAGGAGUUUCACUUGGAGCGGGCCGCCGAGUUCUGCGUGAAGAGACAGACGGAGGUGCUGGAGCGGCAGGUGACCGUGGUGGACACCCCGGGCUGGUUCUCGGCCCAGGACACGCCCCCCUCCUACAAGGAGGAGUUGGUGAGGGGAGCCUCUCUUUGCCCCCCGGGUCCACACAGCUUCCUGCUCGUCAUCCCCGUCGGCAUGUUCACGGAGGUGGAUCGCGCUCGCAUCGAGGAGCACGUGAGCCUCUUUGGCCAGCGUGUGUGGAAGCACACCAUUGUGGUGUUCACCUGGGCCGAGGUGUUGAAGACCAUUUCCAUCGAGAGGUACAUUCGCAGGGAGGGCAAGGAGCUGCAGUGGGUGCUGGAAAAGUGCAAGCGAAGGUACUUUGUCAUUAACAACGGCAUAUUCGGGGAGGAUCCCCAAGUGGGGCGUUUGCUGGAGAGAGUGGAGAAGAUGGUGGCCGAGGAGGGGGGCUUCUACAACCCAGAGGAGGUGGAGAAGGAGAAGGCAACCCUGGAUGACAACGCGAAUCCAGCCAGAGAGGGACGCGAGCUGGGGGCUCGGCCUAAACAGAAGUCUGUGCUGAGUUUGUCCAAAACCAUGGAGGUGGAGCCGCUUUCCAGUGAGUGAUGCACACAUAUCUGGGCUUCCAACACAGUCCAACCGGAACCUAAAAGAGUUAUGUGUUCAUCUAUUUUUAUUAUAACAGUUAAAGAACCUCUAAAACAGUUUGUAUUCAUGUAACAGAACCUCGCUGUUUUUAUUGUAGAUUAGAAGAACCCUCUUGGCCGAUGGACCAUCACAAUCACAAGAAGAAAAGGGGUGACUGACACUUCUGUGAAUGUAUAAGCCAGUGUGACCUAUUUAUUUUUGUAAUCCGACAUGUUACUGUGUAUUUUAGUUGUGUGCGUUCUUUAGGAUUCUCACUGUGACGAUACCACAGGCCUUAACCACGUAAAUCCACUGUCAAAAGUGUGUACUGACCUGUUCAACUUGGUUCUUCCGAUUUGAAGACCUUCUUGUAAUAACGACGUAAUAACGGGGUUUGGUUCCACGCUGUGGCCGUCACCAAUCUAAAAACCCGACGUGUGCACUCCUCAGUCUCGGCAAAUGGUAACGGCAAACCUGCACUACUGCGCUGUUACUGAUAUUCCGCUAAUGACUGUUGAGGGAAAACGCUUUUUUUUUCUCGACGAUUCCCAUUUGUUGUGACCAAACUGUAAAUUGCUUUUGUCGCGCUGCGAUAUUUGUUACUCUGUUAGCGUACAGUUAUGAACUCGAGGUUAUUGAUUUUGUGUGUUGCCUUAGAAGCAGCGAUCGUUUCCCUUUAAAACAUUAUGUUACGUCUAUGUCACUGUGGCAGAGGGAUAUAUUUAAGGAAAUAAUGCGUUACAAUAAGAAGCUGCAAAUAUGAGCUUUAUUUAGAUAAUUGAUUGGUAGUUUCAGUUUUUUCUUUUAAUUAGAAAGGGAAAUAUACAGUUUUGCUUGAAAGUAAACAGUAAUUAUCUUUCAUAGGGUUUCAUAGUGUUGCCUGGGCUAGGCAGGCUAUUGCAAGUCAUGUUUUUUUGAACUUCAGGGAACUAAUCUGUAUUUCUGCAAACGUUUAAUCGACAGGGACAGUAACUGUUUGCAUGUGCGCCCGCUCUGGCAUUCUGUUACCCGCCAUGAAGCCCGUCGGCCAUCCUCGGCGUCGUUAGAGGCGAAAAAAAAACAGGCUGGAAAAGGACGACCUCAAAUGGGCGCCCCAACACUGCUGGUGUUAAAUUUCUCCUUCCAGGUACGGGCGAUGUGUUGUAGAGAAACAAGAGGGUCACUGGGGAAGCGGUGUCGUCUUUGGACGUCAGCUGCUCUGGACAGAGCCUCCUGUGACGGUUGCCUAUAGGUCACUGUGAUGUUCCACCACCUUAACAAGCUGUCGGGGUUUUUUUUACUUGCUAAAGAUCACAUCCAGAGCCGUCUCCCACAGUGUGGACAAACACCAACGCGUCUGUUGACAUUUAGUGUGAUCCUGAAAUGUGAUACAGGCAAGCGGCUCGCUGCUGACCUGUUGUACACAAGUGCCUGAACUCAGUAUCACUGUUAAAUGAUUUGGUCAUUUUAGUCACAGGUUUGACAAAAACACGUCUUAAAUAACAACUUAAACACUACAGAUGUGGGGCAUUACAGGUUUGAUAUUUAACAUGUUUUCAACGCCCUUAAGUCAGAAAACAGUACGAUUAUAUAAAAACAAUUAUCAAAACACAAAAUAAGAUCAGACGUGUACAAAAACUGUUAUUGAGCACUCAACCUAAAAUACAACCCAUCUUUGUAGCAAAGUUUGUGAUCGAGUUACUGUCAAAGGACGUGUUACUGGAGUUACUCUUUAGGAAUUAAUGAAGGUAACGGAGUCAAUGUCUUCUUCUGUAGCCCUAAAGCGUUGUGUCUUAUUACUAUCGUUAUCUUAUGUCUUAUUGGCCCCCCCUAUUAGCAGUAGAUUUGCUUUCUUACAAAUAAUCUGAUGUUCUUUUCAGCUCAAAUAAAUCUAUAUUUUAAAUUAA